GAUUAGCAAUAACUCUGACUUGUCGAUCGAUAGAGAAAAAAGGUUGAAUUUUCACCGUCGCUCCGUUUCGAACUGCACGCCCUUCGCCACACAAUUCGCGCAACUUUCGGUCGAGCGAGAGCAGCCCAAUAGAAAGGAAUCCACCAAUCCAGAAAUCCACUGGAACUCGUCACCUUUUCAACUUCCAGCCAGCUCCUCUGCGUGUGUGUGUGUCAUCAAGAUGAACAGCUCGGGCUUUAUGUUCAACUCGAUAAUGGAUAUCGAUAAUGGAUAUCUGGAGGGUCUGUGCCGGGGCUUCAAGUGCGGCAUCCUGAAGCAGGCCGACUACCUGAACCUGGUGCAGUGCGAGACCUUGGAGGAUCUCAAGCUGCAUCUGCAGGGAACCGACUAUGGCAGCUUCCUGGCCAACGAGCCCUCGCCCUUGUCGGUAUCCGUCAUCGACGACAAGUUGCGCGAAAAGCUGGUCAUCGAGUUCCAGCACAUGCGGAACCACGCUGUGGAGCCGUUGUCCAACUUCCUGGACUUCAUCACCUACGGCUACAUGAUCGACAACAUCAUCCUGCUGAUCACCGGCACGCUGCACCAGCGACCCAUCUCCGAGCUGAUCCCCAAGUGCCACCCACUGGGCAGCUUCGAGCAGAUGGAAACCAUCCAUGUGGCGUCCACGCCCGCCGAGCUGUACAACGCCGUUCUGGUGGACACGCCCCUGGCGCCCUUCUUCGUCGACUGCAUCUCCGAGCAGGAUUUGGACGAGAUGAACAUUGAGAUCAUCCGUAACACCCUCUACAAGGCAUAUCUGGAGGCGUUCUACAACUUCUGCAAGAACAUGGGCGGCGCCACCGCCGACGUCAUGUGUGAGAUUCUGGCUUUUGAGGCCGAUCGUCGUGCGAUCAUCAUCACCAUCAACUCUUUCGGCACCGAGCUGUCCAAGGACGACCGUGCCAAGCUGUAUCCCAACUGCGGCAAUAUGUACCCCGACGGCCUGGCCGCUUUGGCUCGGGCUGACGACUACGAGCAGGUGAAGACCGUGGCCGAGUAUUACGCAGAGUACGCCGCCCUGUUCGACGGAUCCGGCAACAAUCCCGGCGACAAGACGCUGGAGGACAAGUUCUUCGAGCACGAGGUGAAGCUGUACGCCUUCUUGCAGCAGUUCCACUUCGGAGUCUUCUACGCGUACCUCAAGCUCAAGGAGCAGGAGUGCCGCAACAUCGUCUGGAUCGCCGAGUGCGUCGCCCAGAAGCACCGCGCAAAGAUCGACAACUACAUACCCAUCUUCUAAGCGCGCUAGAUGAUCGCUAACCAUUUGGCAUACAAAUAAUAUUAUACGUUUUUUUUUCCUGCCUUUCGA